AUGGCUUCUUUUUUCUCCCUCACUUUUCUCUUCUACUUUUAUCUCUCUUACUAUUUGACUCGCUUCCGUUCUUCCCGCUUUCCGUCUCUAGCUUUCUUUUUGUCUGUUUCAUUUCUCUCUUUUCCGAUGUCUUUUUUUUUUUCUUUCUCUUUUCUUUUCUCGUUUCCUUUCUUCUACUACCUUUUAUCUCUCUGUUAUUUUCUCUUAUUCUUAUCCUCUCUCUUGUUUUUAUCUUUUAAUCUCAUUCUUCAUUUCUCUUUUCCCUUUCUUUCUUUCUUUUUAUCUCCUUUUUAUCAUUUUCUCCCUCGAUUUUGUGUCUUUCUUUUCUUCCCACUUCCAUUAUCUUUUUCGUUUCCUAUCUUCUCCUAUUUCUUUCGUUUUCCCCUUUUCCCUCUUCCCCUGGUCUUUUUCUUUCUUUCUUUCUUUCUUUCUUUCUUUCUUUCUUUCUUUCUUUCUUUUUAUCUUCUUUUUUAUCAUUUUCUCCCUCGAUUUUGUGUCUUUCUUUUCUUCACACUUUCAUUAUCUUUUUCGUUUCCUAUCUUCUAUUUCUUUCGUUUUCCCCUUUUCCCUCUUCCCCUGGUCUUUUUCUUUCUUUCUUUCUUUCUUUUUAUCUCCUUUUUAUCAUUUUCUCCCUCGAUUUUGUGUUUCUUUUCUUCCCACUUCCAUUAUCUUUUUCGUUUCCUAUCUUCUUCUAUUUCUUUCUUUUUCCCCUUUUCCCUCUUCCCCUGGUCUUUUCUUUCUUUCUUUCUUUCUUUUUUUCUUUCUUUCUUUCUUUCUUUCUUUUCCUCUUUUUUUCUCUCUUCUUUUUUGUCUUUAUUUCGCUUUCUUUCUCGCUCUUUUCGUUUUAUACGCCGCUAUCUCUUUUCUCUCUCUCUCUCUCACUCUCUUUUAUCUCUCUCUUAUUCUUUUCUUUCGUCUGUCUCUGUUAUUAUUUCAUUCUAUUUUCUCAUUUUUCUUUAUUUACUACUUUUUACUAUUUUUCUUUCUCUCUCUCUCUCGCUUUUAUCUCUUUCUUUUUCUUCAACUCUCUCGCUUUUUCUUACUUCUCCUUUACCUUCUUUUUUACUUUCUCUUAUCCUUCUCUCUCUUUUCCUAUUUUCUUUCUCUCUCUUUUAUCUUUCUCUCUCGUUUAUCACUUUCUCCAUUGUCUCUCUUUCCUCCUUUCUCUUUUAUAUCUGUUUCUCUUUUCUUUCUUUCUUUCUUUCUUUCUUUCUUUCUUUCUUUCUUUUUUUUUUUCUUCACAUUUGUUUCUUUUUAUACCUUUCUAUGUUACGCGAACAUACUGAUGGUAGUAUCUAG